CGGCUUUCUUUGAGGCCAGGACUGGGUGAUGGUGUCACUGCCCCCGCCGCAGUCUGACGUCACGCUGCCGGGCCCCACCAGACUGGAGGGCGAGCGCCAAGGGGACCUCAUGCAGGCGCCGGGCCUCCCAGGCUCCCCUGCCCCACAGAGUAAGCAUGCCGGCUUCAGCUGCUCAUCAUUUGUGCCCGACGGCCCUCCAGAGAGGACACCCUCACUACCCCCACACAGUCCCCGCAUUGCGUCACCAGGCCCCGAGCAAGUCCAGGGCCACUGCCCAGCCGGCCCCGGCCCCGGCCCCUUCCGGCUCUCGCCCUCAGACAAGUAUCCUGGCUUUGGCUUUGAGGAGGCCCCAGCAAGCAGCCCCGGGCGAUUCCUCAAGGGCAGCCAUGUGCCCUUCCACCCGUACAAGCGGCCUUUCCAUGAAGACGUCUUCCUGGAGGCCGAGACCACCCUGGCCCUCAAUGGACACUCCUUUAAGACCCCGGGGCCGCUGGAGGCCUUCGAGGAGAUCCCAGUGGACGUGGCGGAGGCCGAGGCCUUCCUGCCUGGCUUCUCAGCAGAGGCCUGGUGUAACGGGCUCCCCUACCCCAGCCAGGAGCAUGGCCCCCAAGUCCUGGGUUCAGAGGUCAAGGUCAAGCCCCCAGUUCUGGAGAGCGGUGCUGGGAUGUUCUGCUACCAGCCUCCCUUGCAGCAUAUGUACUGCUCCUCCCAGCCCCCCUUCCAGCAGUACUCGCCAGGUGGCGGCAGCUACCCCGUACCCUACCUGGGCUCCUCACACUAUCCGUACCAGCGAAUGGCACCCCAGGCCAGCACCGAUGGGCACCAGCCUCUCUUCCCAAAACCCAUCUAUUCCUACAGCAUCCUCAUCUUCAUGGCCCUUAAGAACAGUAAAACUGGAAGCCUUCCCGUCAGCGAGAUCUACAAUUUUAUGACGGAGCACUUUCCUUACUUCAAGACAGCGCCCGAUGGCUGGAAGAAUUCUGUCCGGCACAACCUAUCCCUCAACAAGUGCUUCGAGAAGGUGGAGAACAAAUCGGGAAGUUCCUCCCGCAAGGGCUGCCUGUGGGCCCUCAAUCCGGCCAAGAUCGACAAGAUGCAAGAGGAGCUGCAGAAGUGGAAGAGGAAAGAUCCCAUUGCUGUGCGCAAAAGCAUGGCCAAGCCAGAAGAGCUGGACAGCCUCAUUGGAGACAAGAGAGAAAAGCUGGGCUCCCCGCUCCUGGGCUGUCCACCCCCUGGGCUGGCAGGCUCAGGCCCCAUCCGGCCCCUGGCACCCCCAGCUGGCCUCUCCCCGCCGCUGCACUCACUCCACCCAGCUCCAGGCCCCAUUCCUGGCAAGAAUCCCCUGCAGGACCUACUUGUGGGGCACGCACCCUCCUGCUAUGGGCAGACAUACUUGCACCUCUCACCAGGCCUGGCCCCUCCUGGACCCCCGCAGCCAUUGUUCCCACAGCCGGACGGGCACCUUGAGCUGCGGGCCCAGCCAGGCACCCCCCAGGACUCGCCUCUGCCUGCCCACACCCCACCCAGUCACAGUGCCAAGCUACUGGCCGAGCCUUCCCCAGCCAGGACUGUGCACGACACCCUGCUGCCAGAUGGAGACCUUGGCACUGACCUGGAUGCCAUCAAUCCCUCACUCACUGACUUCGACUUCCAGGGAAACCUGUGGGAACAGUUGAAGGAUGACAGCUUGGCCCUCGACCCCCUGGUACUGGUGACCUCAUCCCCGACAUCAUCUUCGAUGCAGCCACCCCAGCCACCACCCCACAGCUUCCCCCCUGGGCCCUGUCUGACAGAGACAGGCAGUGGGGCAGGUGACUUGGCAUCCCCGGGCAGUGGGGGCUCCGGGGCACUGGGUGACCUGCAACUCACCACCCUCUACUCUGCCUUUAUGGAGCUGGAGCCUACGCCCCCUCCGGCCUCUGCAGGCCCCUCUGUGUACCUCAGCCCCAGCUCCAAGCCCAUGGCCCUGGCAUGAGCUGUGCCCAGCAUCAUCAGCUCCAGCAUUUGCCUGGUCUGGAAGUCCUGGCUGGCCGCCCACAUCGGGCUCACCUUAAAGGUCAAGGAAGGAAAAUACUCCUGUCCCCUGUGCCACUAAGCCAACAUACGUGUUAGUUGGUAGCUGGGGGCACAGAGGACACCACCUGGGGUGCUGCCCCUCACACAUUUCUGCCAUGUGGUGGCCCAGUUCCUCACCCAGGGCCCCCAAAGAGCAAGUGUCUGGGCAAGAAGAAAAUGCACUGUUCCUAGCUCAUACUCAUCCACCCUCAAGCCCUCGUGCGCGCACACACACAC